ACAACACCACACACCGCUCACUGUUGGAAGUUGUGUUUGAAGGGCACAUAACAACUUGCAGAGAUGCGAGAGGACAGCCCGAGAAAAACAACGAUGAGAAAGUCGUAACCAGCAUCCUGAGAAAUAUAAAUUUACUGAGGAGGCUGUUAAACGACGUCGAGCUUUAGCCCUGCUAGCUAACCGUCGUCAAACUGGAGCGAGCUGAGGAAAGAAAGGGCAGUUUGUCCCCGAUAUAUUUACAGCUGGGGUCUGUCGAGGACAGGAAACAUGAAGUUCGCUCAGUUUUUGCUGAAAAAUGGCUCCGUCGCUGGGAUACCGAAACAAGUGGAGAGGUUUGCCAAGUUUUCCCCGUCUCCGUUGUCCAUGAAGCAGUUCAUUGACUUUGGCUCGGCCAAUGCAUGUGAGAAGACCUCCUUUGUGUUCCUGCGGCAGGAGCUUCCUGUCAGACUGGCCAACAUCAUGAAGGAAAUUGAUUUCCUCCCUGACAAACUCCUCGGCACUCCAUCCCUAAAGCUCCUCAUCAGCUGGUAUUCACAGAGUUUGUUGGAGAUUGUAGAUUUUUUAGAAAAGGAUCCAGAUGACAAGGAUGUCCUGAAAAGCUUCACACGGACUCUGGUAAACGUCCGUAAUCGGCACAACAACGUGGUGCCCACCAUGGCUCAGGGCGUGGUGGAGUACAAGGAGGCCUUUGGCGUGGACCCCGUCACCAACCAGAACGUUCAGUACUUCCUGGACCGCUUCUACAUGAGCCGCAUCUCCACACGCAUGCUCAUGAACCAGCACACAUUAAUCUUCGAAGGCAGCGUGAACCCAGCCCAUCCUAAACACAUAGGCAGCAUCGACCCCACAUGUGACGUCGUGGAGGUAGUAAAAGAUGCCUAUGAGACUUCAAAGAUGCUGUGUGAGCAGUAUUACCUGACCUCUCCUGAUAUGCAGAUCAUAGAAGUCAAUUCCAAAACCCCCAACCAGGACCUCCACAUUGUCUAUGUGCCAUCCCAUCUCUAUCAUAUGCUGUUUGAGCUUUUCAAGAAUGCCAUGAGAGCUACAGUAGAGACCCAUGAGACGAGCCCAACGUUGCCCCCGAUCAAAGUGCAAGUCUCACUGGGAACUGAGGACCUCACUAUCAAGAUGUCUGACAAAGGAGGCGGAGUCCCUCUGAGGAAGAUCGAGCGCCUGUUCAGCUAUAUGUACUCCACAGCACCCAGUCCAGUCCACGUAGACAACUCUCGCAAUGCACCACUGGCUGGUUUUGGCUAUGGCCUGCCCAUCUCCCGUCUGUAUGCCAGGUACUUUCAGGGAGACCUGCAGCUCUACUCUAUGGAGGGCUACGGCACCUCAGCUGUCAUAUACUUGAAGGCUUUGUCCUCAGAGUCAGUCGAGAGACUUCCUGUUUUCAACAAGUCAGCCUUACGGCAUUACCAGACGACCAUAGAGGCUGACGACUGGUGCAUGCCCAGCAAGGAUCCAAAGAGACUGGGCAAUUCCAAGAGGACUCUGUGAUGGCGGACUGAAGGAGGAUACAAUAAAUGUAAGAAGACAAAGAGGAUCCAUGUUGGAAGAAAUGGAUAAGCUUGUACUGUAAGUGGAAGAAGGCACCAAAGGCUUUCAGCACGCUGCUGAACCUGGACUUGUGUGUGUGGGUUCCUUU